ACUAAACAGUCAUAAAUUGCGCGGCGUGGAGUGUGACGGUGGUUUUGUAUCGUGCGCUUAAUACAAGUAAAAAAAGUUAUAUUUCGCGUAAGAUAUUGUCGUCGUAACAAUAUAAAUAGUCGCGAACAUGACCGACAUUGACGCGAAAGUGAACAUGUCUCUCGGUAAGUGGGAAAAGUCCGGAAAACGUAGAAAUUAUGCGGAUAGUCCUACGUGAGCGUACGGCUGCGUUUGUUCCUUUUGCUCGACACAAAAUGGCUCCCAUUUACAGCACGGCCAUGUUAAUGUAUAUUUGAGCAUCUGUAGAGAGCUCGGGAACAGAAAAGUAAUAGCCCUCCGACAGCGAGUCGAGUUAAAAAAAUAAUGCGUUUGUGUAAUAAAGUAUCUAUCGCAGAUCGAAUACUCUUCUCAGAGUAACUUAGCUCGAAAUAUUUAUUGCUCAAGGAAGACCACCUCUGUGCAAAGCGUGCCAUACUCGCACCAUGACUCACUCUCCUCUAUAAAGGAAAUGAAAUGGCCAACUUUCCAUUGCGUGGGACGCUGAAAUUUGAGAAGCCUGGUUUAUUACUGAUAGAACAUGGUACAUGUUCGCUAUUGCUGUUAAUGGGGUUUUCCAUGAGGCACUGGUUCUUCUGUAAUAACGAGGAUAAGUGAUCCUUAUACAACAAUUUCCUGGGAUCCUGGAGUUCAGCAAUCCUCUUUAUUGUACGUGGAGUCUAUAUGCUGCGGAAGAUUUCAAUCGACCAUCCUUUACUUCAACUGCUAUGUUUCGUCAUUGGGCAUGACAAAGAAGCAAGCUAAUGCUGGUUUUUUUUCAUGAUGGCCUACAUAGAAGAUCUACCUACUGCAAAGGCUGGGAAUAUUGGGUUCUUGUUGACUACUUGCAAGCCUAAUGCAUCCUAUUAUAAACCAUGCUGCAUAUUUACCAAUAUUAUACAUUGAGUAAAUAUAACAGAUCUGAGAGUGAUGAAUGAUGCAAUAAUGUCUAUAGUGAAAUUGGCUGAAUGCCAAGCACUUUGGAGAUUUGAAGAAACUAGUUAUGAUGAGAUCAUAAAGAUGGAGAAAAAAGAGAAAAAGAGAAAACCAGUUACGACCAAUGGCAAAGGUGGUGCGCCGCGUAUUCGGCCUCCAGGAAAUGGGAACGUUGCUCGUGGUCGUGGACGUGCAGGUCGUUCUGGCAAACAAACUGCUGCUGCUGGUAACCAGAAGAAAGGUCAAGCCUGGCGCCUACAACGGAACCAGAACAAUGUCCAAGGAGGCUUUGUCAAGAAGCGUUACAAUAAGAACAAUCCAGGCACCCUGGUACGCUCAAGAUCCAAUAUAUCAUUAAACAGAAUUGGUGCAGUGCCGAAGAAUGUAUCAUCUGUAAGAGGUGGUUUUAUCUCACGUCGUGGACGAGGUGGCAGAUACACUCUAAACCGCACCAAGAAUCGCACCAAUUUGACUUUUGCCCAGGGUGGAUUUUUUACUGGUGCAAAAGGCCUCCUCAAGAGAACCAACAGUAUGCCUAACCUUCGUGAUCCCACUUCUGUACAUAAUCGUCUUGGUUAUCAAAGUCCAGCACAAGUGGCUUAUAGAAACAGAGUAAAGCGUGCAACACAGCUUCUACUUCAAAGACAGAAUCAGAGACAGAAUCUUUCCAACGAAUUUAGGGUGCCCCAGGCCGGAAAGCCUUUGACUACUCUUCAGCAACGUGCCCUGGAACGUAGACAGCAGAUCCUUACCUCGCAGCGACGAUUCAACACCGGAGGAUUGAGAUCCGAUCAGAUAUUGCGUGCACAAAGGCGCGCGCAGUACGAACAAAAGCUUAUGAGGAUGAACACCGCCAGGAUGAAUACCAAUUCCAACGUGAACUUUAUGUGUACCCUUGGGAACGAGUAUUCACCCGGCAUCCGUCAGCGGUCCCUCAGUCUCUCACAAAAUCAAACUGGCAGUAUGAAUAAUCUUCGACAACUACCAAGAGGAAGAUCUCCCAUUACACAGACUGUGCAGAACCUGAACAUGGUUGGAAGAUCUCCUAUGUUUGGCCGUCAACACGCCAGAUCAAGGUCACGAUCACGCUCGCGUACGCGCAACAUUCCUGCCAACGACUCAAGAGAAAAGGUGGACGAUCGAACCUUCAGCGAAAUGAUAUACAGCAUUUCCUAUAACCUGGGUGUCACUGGACGAACUCUCAACGACAGAUUUAGCUUCUAAGAGAUCUCAGAAGAUCCUCACAAGGACGCCGGAAGACAUUAAGAAAUGAGAAGAACGCGCAAGCACGCGCAUUCUACUCGUUCUGAUACUUUGGACACCAACAUGUUGAAUCGUAUAUGUAUUUUCUAUCGGAGAGAGAUUCAAGGAUUUAUUUUCGACUUUAUCAAUACCUACCGAAGGAGUCACUCUCCGACAUUUUUUGGUAGGAAAGCAGAAAAAGAAAACAGAAAAAAAUCAACUUGCUGGUAUUUUUAGUUACAGUUUUUCUUUCUCUUUAAUCAUACAGAGAGAAUUGACGUUUUUCUUUUCUCCUCUUCAUUACAAUAAUCAUUAUAAGAAAUGUAGAAUAUAAAGACGCGACUUAUUUUGUUUAUUAUCACCAGAGCAGCGCCACGUGCAAUACCGUCGCCCUGCUACGCCCUGCUUCUAAUGCACUUCACUAGACUAAAAGAGAUCGUAUUUAUUUAUAACGCUCGUAAAAAAGUGAAUCUUGUGUUAUAUCGUGAUUUUUAAUAUUAAUGUGAUAAAAAACGUGAGGAAUGUUUUAACAUGUAUAGUACUAGUUAAGGAUAUAUAAUAUAUCCAGGCUUUGUAUGACGUCGGGUGUUUUCCGUGGGACGCCAUUAUUUUUUUUUUUGACAAAUAAGGGAAAAAAUAAGCUUAAACUUAGGUAAAAAAAUAAGUAAUAAAUACGUUUAACGUUCACUGCACGUCUUUUACAGUACAAGACGUUAUUAUCCGUAGAGAUAUUUACUGAAAUAAAUAAAUACCAAAUAAUAUCGGU